AUGGUUCAUGCACCUAGGGAGGGUGCUGGCAUUCCCAAUUUCCCCCCGUUGAGAUCGAGGCUCGAUCAAAGCAGGAUAGCGAAUCCUCCUGAGGACCCCUGUGAUGGACGAGUCAUCGUCAUAGGCAACUGCGGUGAGCUCCUCCAUCUCACGAAGGAGACCGGCGGGGAGUGGACUCUCGAGGCGGCCUCGAAAAACUCGUUG